CUAGCCCGACCCGAUUCUUGGGCCCAAAAUGUAAAACAAAAAGGUUAAAAGCCCAAUAUCAUGGUCUAAUUAACAGAAGCCCAGUUCCGCUGGAGAGAUUAUGGCAACGAACACAACCGCGAUUACAGCCAGAAAUUGAGACAAAUGUUGUAGUAUUAGAUCAUACGGAAGAAAUGUUCUCCAACAACUAGCACUCGGGCAGCUUCCACGUGUCUCAUUCGACACACCACGUGUCACUCCCAUGCCACGUAGCUCAGCCUUUCCCCAUUAAAGAACCGCUUCCAAUUCCUUAUCCCCCCAUCCAUUCCUCUGUUACCAUAACACCACCUAUACUUCUCUCGGCAAAGCAAUGUCGACGAAGAAAGCUGCACUGAUUUGCUUUCUGAUUUUCUGGGUCGCGGCGCACGCGACAGCUUUGGCUUUUGGUUGCGAUGAGCAUCAUCAGAACGGAUCGAGGUUGGGGCUUCUGGUGAGGAGAGACGAGAGGCGGACGCUGGUUUCGACGGAGUACGGCGAGGUAUCAGCCGUCGAAAUCGGCGAUGGAGCGAGAGGGCGGUACCAUCUGCAGUUCAUCACGUUGGAGCCCAACGGUCUGUUCCUUCCGGUGCUCCUUCACGCGGACAUGGUCUUCUACGUCCACACAGGGAGUGGGACAUUGAGCUGGGUGGACGACGAGGAAAUGAAGCGCUUGAAGUUGAAGAAAGGAGAUGUGUACGGGCUGCAGUCGGGGACUGUUUUCUUUCUACAGAGCAGCUUGGAGCCAAAGCAACAGAAGCUUAGGCUCCACGCCAUCUUCACCAAUUCCAUUGAGGAUCUUCGCUCCUGGUGCGUGCAGGAACCAUUUAUGCUGGCCUAUUCGAGCAUCUAUGACCUGAUCCUGGGCUUUGACAAGAGUGUCCUUCGCUCUGCAUUUAAGGCCUCUGAGGAAGUGAUAGCGGAAUUAACAAAUGGCACAAAGCCUCCUGCAAUAGUACAUGCGGUGUCGAAGAAAGGAAAACAGUUCUGGGACUUUGAAGCUCAAUUCAUGAAGGGUCUUUUAGGAAGCAAAGGUUACAGUAUGCUUGAUGUCAGCAACAAGAAGCACAAGACUAAAGCCUACAAUGUCCAUGACGCAAAGCCAGAUUUUGAAAAUUGUAAUGGCUGGAGCCUGACAGUGACCUGGAAAGACUUGAGUGCCUUGAAGGGUUUUAAUAUUGGUCUUUUCAUGGUGAAUUUGAACAAGGGGGCGAUGAUGGGGCCGCACUGGAAUCCGAUGGCCAAAGAGAUAUCGAUAGUGCUUCAAGGCAGAGGGAUGAUUCGGGUGGUCUGUCCUAGCUGGGCGAAUGAAUCUGAAUGCAGAAACAUGAGUUUUAUGGUUGAACAGGACGAUGUAUUCGCUGUCCCAAUGUUCCAUCCCAUGGCUCAAAUGGCCUUCAACAAUGAUUCACUAGUUUUUGUUGGAUUCAGCACAACAACAAAGAAAAACCAUCCUCAAUACAUGGCAGGAAAAGCCUCAGUCCUACAAACUUUGGACCGGGAAAUAGUGGCAGCAUCCCUCAACGUGGCGGACAAAAUAGUUGAUAAGCUUUUGGAUUCAGAAGAUGAAUUAGUCAUAUUAGAUUGCACCUCUUGUGCUGAGGAAGAGGCAGAAAGGGCAAUAGAGGAAGCUAGGAAGAGAGAAGAGGAGAAGAGGGAGGAGGAAGAGGAAGCCAGGAAGAGGGAGGAAGAGGAAGAAAGAAGGCAAGAGGAGGAAGCUGAGAGGGCAAAGGAAGAAAGGAGGAAAAAAGAGGAAGAGGGAAAAAGAAGGCGAAAAGAGGAGGAGGAAGCUGAGAGGGAAGAGGAAGAAAGGAAGAAGGAAGAAGAAGAAGAACAGAGAAGGCGAGAAGAGGAGGAAGCUGAGAAGGAAGAGGAAGAAAGGAGGAAACAAAAAGAGAAAGCUAGGAAGAGGAAGGAAGAAGAAGGAAGGAGGCGGGAGGAGAAGGAAGGAGAGGCCGAGGAGAGGGAGGAAGCUAAGAGGAAAGAGGAAGAGAGGAGGAGGAGAGAAGAAGAAAAAGCCAGGAAGAGGGAAGAAGAGGAAGCAAGAAGGCGAGAGGAGGAACAGAAGAGAAGAGAGGAAGCCCGAAAAAGGGAAGAAGAGGAGGAAGAAAGAGGUCGUGGGGAAGGCGAAGCUGAGGAGGAGGAAGAGGCGAGGCAACAAGGAAAGUCCAGAAGGGAGAGGAAGAGACAGCAAGAAGAGGAAGGUGAAGGGGAGAGUGAGGGUGGUGGCUGGAGGGACAAGCCAAGAAAAAUUUUGAAGAAAAUAUGGAAGGUUUGAAAUGUAUGCGACUUAGACGCCGAGGUACCUGUUUUGUGUAUAGAAUGGACGUAGCUGGCUGAAAUAAAACCCCCUUCGCACUCUGCGUUUAGACCCAGGUAGACGUUUUGUUUAGAGAAUUUACGUUGGUUGCUGAAAUAAAACCCCCUUCCCACUGUAUUUUGGGUUUGGGUUUCCAUCUUUGUAGCAAAAUAAGCUUUUCAGUUCAAGCCUUGGCAUUGCCCAAGUUAUGUACGAUCGCACUCUUUUUGUCCAGCUGAAGAAGGGGUCGUUGAAACAGUCCUAAAUCCUCUUUAACAUUAAUAAAAUUCAACUACUAAUUCCAUUCAACUGGCAUUGAGACUGACUUGUGAAGAACACCAACCAACCAAGUCAAAAAAAUAUAGUACUACUGCUCGCACAAUAACCUUUUCGAUCAAAUCCACUUUAAUACACAUUAAUUAUCUACUCAUGAUUUGUAAUCACCUUUUUGGACCUCCCACAUUAUUAUUCAUACAGAUUUCUCAUGCAAGAAAGGAAGCCCGUAAGCUGCUAAUGCUUCAUCUUUAUCUUCAACCUCAACUCGAAACAGCCUACGUCCCGUAUUAAUGUACACCGUCUCCAUGAGCCUUCCAUUGUCACGAGCUCCUUCCGAUAUCUUUGCCAGUGAAUUCUCUACCACCGAUGGAGGUCAUUAGGGCCGACAGACCACUGGCGGGGCCACCAUGGGCCGCCAUUCCCAACCCAAGAAGAUCAAGAGUUGUCUGCUUGGGGCCAAACACCGAUGGAGUUCCCAUCAUCAACUCCUUCAAACCAGAACCCCCAUCACAGGGAAUCCCAAGCCCUAGUCCCGCUACAACAGACGCAUGAUCCUGCUCAAUUUGUCUACCAUCCCACUCUGGCUGCCCGGACGACGAACUGGCCGACGAAACAAUCCCAAAUCCCCUGAGGAGCGACCCAUUUGUCGCAGCCGCUCCAAUCUGGGCAGCCUUCUGUAGCAAUGCCGUCGCAGACAGCGCUGGCUGGGGCGGCGGAGCAUAUUGUCGUCGCUCUUGGCCGGUAGUACCAAAAAUUGAGGAGCCGUUAUUGGUGGCCAGACAGAGAGAAAUGGGCUCUGUCGAUGAAGACGGCGUGAUAUCAGUUGCGCGUUCCGGGCGAGCCAUCGCUCGGAUUAAGUCAGUAAAUCCAGGAGCCGGAGGCUGCAAAUUUGCUUGAGCUGUUGAAGAAGCAAACAAGCUUGCAAAUACGCUACUACUUGUACUUCCAUUGCUGCUGGAGCAGCUAGUACUGCUGCAGCUUCCAGUUAGGCUUGUGGUGGCUGGCACAUCAUCCAAAAUCUGGGUGGGAUUUGGAUUGUCCGACAAGGCUGGAACAACACAAACAACCGAAAGACAAAGGAAUGGAAAAGGAUCAAAUCUGUCCAAAGUAAAGAGAUACAAAAUUGGGCUUUGUGAUUAAAGAAGUUGGUAUUAUUGAUGUAAAAAGAGAAUCAAUAAUGGUCUCCUUUCUGAACAUCCACUUAACUCUCUUUUGUAGCUUUUGAAUCUCUUUGGGUUCUCUUUUCCUUUUUAAGAUUGCAUAUUGUGAAUCUUAAAGUCCCCGUACUAGUUAGUAUUUCUGAGAUCGAUUACUUAUAAUCUUGGUGAUAGUCAGAAAAUAACAAAGAUCAAUAAAGGACAAAAUAACAACUUAAUUCCAAGAUCAAGAAGAGCUAACAAACAAUAUUUUGGAGCUUUCUUAAACAAUAACGUAACCAACAAAUUGCGAAUUAAAAAGGACAAAAUUUCCACAUAUGCGCCGAUUACCUGGACUUUGAGUGGGCAAAACAGGGGAUGCCACAGCCACCGGAGCAGACAUGGUUGUGGGUGGAGCCAGAGGUGGAGGCGGGGGUAGCGGUGAUGAAGAAACAGCUAGAGGUUUUGGUCCCUCAUCGGCGCUCGGAGGGGCCACCGGCUGGGCUUUUGCGCUCUCCUCGGCUAACGCAUCACAAAAAGCUCUGUGGGUGAUAAAGCUAUCCCUCCUUCAAAUGUUCAAAACAAUAGUAACUCAGACGGAGAAGCCAAGAAAAGGAAAAUCGAAAAGGAAUUAAUUUCAUAGAGACAACAAAUCAAACACCUUGAGAACAAAGUUCCACAGUCGCAUUUGUACUCUCUGGUGCCGCAAAUCUUCGAGUGAGCCUUCCAAUCGGACUGAACGGCAUAUUUCUUGGAGCACUUGUCGCAUUUCAAUUUUUUCUCGCCGUGCUUCCGGCAGUAGUGCUUCUUAAUCCCAGUGAGAUCGCCGAGCGCUCGAGAAGGAGCAUGAUGAACGCAGGACGGCUCCGGACACACGUAGACUCGCUUCCGAACCUCCUUGCUUGACCUUUGCCGAAGCUUCCAUGGAAGGUUGUGACCCCGCCGAUGAAGCUGCAAAUUCUGGUCUCGCUGAAACCCCUUGUUGCAGAUUUCGCAAAUGAACCGAUUCGUCGCGAGCAGAGUCUUCGGGGACAGAGAAAUCACCUCGGCGUCUGGAUCUGCCGAGCCAAUCAAAGGUACAAAAUGAAACCUAGUUUCGAUUUAUAUAUGUAAACAAUUCGAUUACAAGUGAGCUAGGUUUUAACCUGGCAUUCCGGGAAGAUUUCGCUUCCGCUUGGGCGGCGUAGGCGGUUUUGGGGGUACUGUUUGAUUUUGAUUCCCCGAUGAAGAGACGCUGGCCUCGCCGGAAGCGGCGGGUUCGUUCACCGUGGA